GUGCACGUAAGUUUGUAACAUCUGCAUCAUCAUCAAUGACAUCAUCGUGAUCAACAGGGAAGGGUUCAGAUAUAAAGUGACGAAAAUGGAGCUUAAAAUUCCAUUUUGUCUCAUAUUUAUGCUAACUGGAGGAGCAGCGGAGUGGAAACCAGGCCAGUGCCCAAUUUCGGAUGGUGGCCAACUGGGAAUCUGUGUACAGGAAUGUGCGGUCGACUUUGAUUGCUAUGGCAACCAGAAAUGUUGCAAAAAUGGCUGCGGGAUGACGUGCCGAUACCCAGAGAACAUUGGAGUGCCUCAUGCUGGCCUGUGUCCAGCAGUCAACAGCUCAGAGCCAGCCAUGUGCAUAGACCCACCACCCUGUGAUAUUGACCAGGACUGUGUGUCACAUGAGAAGUGUUGCUUCACUGGCUGCAGUUUUAUGUGUGUUGCUUCAGAGAGGCGGGAAGAGAACAGACUGGGAAUGUGCCCAGCGGAGGUACCGUCUAUUCUGAGGCAAACCAGACAGGAUCCAGUCAAGACAAACUGCACUGUCCGCUGUGCUGAUGACAGAGACUGUGAUGUGGAUCGCAAAUGCUGCAAUGAUGCUGUGUGUGGUCGCACGUGCACGGAGCCAGUCUAUGCUUGCUAUCACAAUGGCAGGAUUUACCAGAAUCAUGAAAACAUAGUUGAAUCAGAUGGCUGCAGCUCAUGCUCAUGCUUAGAUGGUUUCUUGGCCUGUAAGCAGAUCUAUUGUGGUAAGAUUACCUCUGUAGCAAUACAGCAACCACUUUGCGUACAUGUACAUAAAAUACCCGAAGCCCAUCAAAACGAAGACUGUAAACUCAUACAACAAACCAUACAACAAAGCAACAUGUGUUCAAUUGUUCAAUCUCUUUGUUCAUGGUUAUCUUUUUCAAUAUUAAUCAUAGAUCCUGCUCUUGACAAGAUCCGAAUCCUGACCAUUUGCCUCAUUGCUCUGGGUGGUGUCUGCCUCGUUGGUAGUAUUCUUUCAUUCCUCAAGUACCAGCAUUCCAAGAGAUCGUGCUCGAUCAGGAACAAGGGCAAGAAUCAAGCUGUCAAUAUGAUGUCCCAUGAGAUGGAGUUUCUUGAUCCAAUCCCUACCAAGGUGUGAGGAGGAUUCCAGAUGACCACUUGCAACUCCUGAUGAGCUCACCAUUCUUGGAACCACAUCACUUUAAAUACAAGUAAACUGAUAUUUUAAUCAUUUGUUUAAUACCGUGAUUCAUACGGUAUGCAUGUUAUUCACUAACCAAACAUAUUCAUGAAUUUAUUAAAUUUUUUAACAUACAUGUACAUGUAUUUGUCUCAGAAAUCUGAAAUUUCCCCAAAGAUAGCUGCAAUUAUAUCCGCAAGGAAAAAACUGGGUGUGCAAUAAAAUAAGCUAGACAAUCAAAUAAAAUAAGAGGUUAUUAACCUUUUUAAACCAAAAACGCAUUGGGGUACGUCACACUGAAAAGUAAGGCAGAUGGUUUUUAAAUAAGAAUAAGUCAAAACAGUAAAUUUACCAAUACAGGUUUGGGGCUAUUUAGGUUGGGAAUAAACAGUAACAAGUUGUAGGAGAGGUGCACAUAAAUUUGCUCAAAUUCACAGUUGCGAAGUGUGUGCAUUAAUGAUUAACUACUACUACGUACGAGACAAUAAUCUGAUGAGUUUAGUGUAACAUUACUUCUGAUUCAUAAAUACCGUAGAAAGUUCAUGGACAGAGCCUUUCAUGUAGAUGGUUUUAAAGUGUUGUUUAAUACUGGUCGGCAACGUUAAAACCGGUUGCGAAAGCCUGCGCUAAAACCACAUGCAUUUCACACACACCUACCGGUACAACAACCGGUUGCUUGAGAACCACUGAAAUGAUCUCUGUAUAAGGAGAUGUGUAGCACACUGCUCGCGACAUGCUCCAUA